GGAUGAGUUAGCAGCCCAUGACUGCACUGCUGGAAGCGGGAGCCUGCUCUAGUGAAUCAGCAUCAAUUGCACAACAUCAUUAUCUUCAGUAGCGUUACUGCCUGGAUCCUAGCAGAACCCCAGUGCAUCCUGUUGAUCAUGGGGCAAACCACAACGCUGAACUUAAUUCUGAUGGGAUACCUAAUACCCGUCAUUUGGGGCUUUCCAUUUGGACCAGUCCUUGACAUGGAUGUCACCCCCAGGACAACUGUGCGUGUCAACGGGCUGCUGGGUUGUAAUCAUUUCCAAAGAGCCACAUUGAACUACAGCUCUCUGCUACUGGAAGAUGGGCCAGGAGUGCUGUAUGUUGGGGCCAGAGAGGCUAUUUACAAACUAGACACUGCCAACAUCUCCGACACCAAUAACUCUCUUACUCUGGAAUGGGCAGCAUCUGCUGAUCAGAAGAGGCAAUGCUUGAGCAAAGGAAAGAACAAUCAGACUGAAUGCUACAAUCACGUGCGGUUUCUGGACAGAUACAAUGACACUCAUCUGUACACCUGCGGGACUCACGCCUUCAGACCCCGCUGUGCUUACAUAGAUGUGGCACGUUUUACCUUUGUGCGUUUUGAGGAGGGAAAAGAGAAAUGCCCUUAUGAUCCCACAAAAGGUUACACCGGAUUUAUUAUCGAUGGUGAGAUGUACUCUGCCUCCCAGUAUGAAUUUCGUAACAUUGCUGAUAUACGGCGAAACUUUCCCUUCCCCAACUUGCGCACAGACGAUUCCCCAACAAGAUGGCUUCUGGAGUCAGAUUUUGUGGGCUCAGCGUUACUCAGAGAGAGCAUCAACAGCUCCAUCGGGGACGAUGACAAACUCUACUUCUUCUUCACGGAGAGGAACACAGAGCCGACGGCUUAUUCCAGUCAAACCAAAGUGGCCAGAGUCGCCCGUGUGUGUAAAGGGGACAUUGGAGGCCAGAGGACUCUUCAGAGGAAGUGGACAUCCUUUCUCAAGGCCAGGCUGGUCUGCGCCAUCCCUGAUUAUGAGCUUCAAUUCAAUGUCCUGCGCAGUGUGUUUGUCAUUGAGGGAAGCAACGUACAUGACAGUGUCUUUUAUGGCGUUUUUGGACUUGAGUGGAGAAACGUAAAGAUGUCUGCAGUGUGUCGGUAUUCCCUCAAAGACAUCCAGACAGCUUUCGAUGGGCCAUUUAUGGAACUACAAGACUCCAAAUGGAGGGAAUACACUGGGAAAGUUCCGGAUCCACGACCUGGUUCGUGUAUUACUGAUGAGCAUCGUGGCAAGCUCAUAAAUUCCUCACGGGAUCUGCCUGACAACACUCUGAAUUUUGUUCGGAGGCACCCUUUAAUGUCCACCCAGAUCCAGCCGGUGGAAGGACGGCCACUUUUGCUCCAGAGAGCUGCAGAUUACACUAAAAUCACUGUUCAACAGGUUGUGGGUUUGGAUGGACGGACAUAUGAUAUGCUCUUCAUUGGAACAGAUGAGGGCUGGUUACACAGAGCUGUGAAGAUUAUAGACCGUGUGCACAUCAUUGAGGAGCUUCAGCUAUUCCAGGAAAAACAGCCCAUCAUUAACAUGGUGAUAUCACAAAAACAGAACAGUAUCUAUGUGAGCGGCGCCUCUGGACUGGUGCAGGUUCCUCUGUCAUCUUGUGAACGCUACACUUCCUGUUACGACUGUGUGUUUGCACGGGAUCCGCUUUGUGGCUGGGAUGGAAGAAUGUGUGCUCAGAUAACAUCUUACGCUAACAGGUCCAGUCUCGUCCAGGACAUCCAGAUGGGAAGAAGAGGCUGUACUAAUAUCACAAGUGAUGGUUUCGUCAUGCACCGAACACGUGCGGUGAUGGCAGGAGAUGAUGUGCUGCUACAAUGCGAGAUUCGAUCAAACCUGGCCACCCCUCAAUGGACGCUGAACAGUCAAGAAUUGAAGGGUUACGGCGUAGAUUCUGGCUACCGCACCGGCACAGACGGCCUCCUUAUUAUUGGUGCACAGAACCAACAAAGUGGACACUACCGCUGUUAUGCAGUGGAAAAUAGCGUCUGGGUUCCUAUUCGCAGUUACAUUGUGAGAGUGCAACCAGUUCCACCUCCAGCAUCACAUCUCUCUGGAAGUCCGACAGCUUUACCUGAAAAUUUUUUUACUACUACAACUGUGCCAACUCCGAGUCCUUCCAGCGGUCCCGUCGAGCAGCUCCUGUCACCCCCACCGGCUCCGUUACCUUUUGAUCCAGAGUUUCAGACCUACAAGCACAUGGAGGCCAUGUAUAUCUCUCUGGUGGCAGUGCUUGGUGGACUUUGUCUGGUUCUAACGGUGGUCCUGUUGUAUGUUAGUUUCUGCGCACACAACUCUCCCGAUGCCAAGUACUCCCAGCAAGCCCUUUCCAUAACCACCCCAACCGAAAGAAAAAGAAGUUCGCACUUUGAGCUCAAAACAAUCUCCAGUCACUGCAAUGGCCGAACAGAAGGGCGUAGCAGAGCGAUGUCGAGAGAUGAAGAGUUUCUGCAGAUCGUCCCGUUGGACAUCCAGACUACACCCAGUGAGGAACCUCCACCUGCCCCACCACUUCCAAUGCCGCCACCUCUGCCUGCUUCAGAGUAUGCAAACGGACUGUCAGCAACGUUACCCAGUGUGCUGAGAAAGAUGAAUGGUAACAGCUACGUGCUCCUUGGGCAGGCGGACUCCGAAACGACGUCUCCACUUUACCACUCCUUCACCGAGGAGCUCAACAGGAUUUUAGAAAAGCGGAAACACACACAGUUGGACAUCCAGCCGGAUGAGAGCUCAGUGUAGCAACAUCUCACAUCAAUGCUACGUCGCCCUCUUGUGGUGUGGAGGAUUGCAUUUGUAUUAGAACUCCGAGAGCUGUGUGUUGUGAAGUUCAUCAUAGCAUCUCGAAAUCGACUGUGCUCGCACUUUUGAGAAUCAUCUCGUGAAUUAUUGGAAAAUAUUUUUGUGAGCUUGGUCAAAUUUAGUAGGCAUCAACUGUAGCUUAAAAAAGCGCAAGAUGUUCUAAAAGGAUGUUCUAACAGGAGAAUGAAGAGACUUCAGAACACUGUCCAAAGACUGCAAAGCAAUGCAUAUUUGUACAUAAUGUUAUAUUAUUGCUCAAAUGCAGAUGUUUACAGAUUUUCUUUUUUGUUUUUGCCUAAUUGCACCUGAUGUAAAUAACAAUCAUUUUAAUAUCUAAGUACUAAUAAUGGCUUUUCACACUGCUCUUAAAGGGUUAGUUUACCUAAAAAUUAUCUAAUUAAUUACUCACCCUCAAGGCAUCCUAGGUGUACUUCAUUUGAAUCCGAUCGGAGUGAUUUUAAGAAGUAUCUUGGCCUUUUUAAUCUUUUCAAUGGCAAUGGCUGGCUGUUUUUAAUUCGCAUUCUAAAAAAGUCUCCGGGGGGGUGAUUAAAGGUCUCCUUUAGUGAAUCCAUGCAUUUCUGUAAGAAAAAUAUCAAUAUUUAAAACUUUAUAAACCAUUUUGUAUAACUUCUAAUGACCAUUAUCAGUUGUCUUCUCCAUUUUCUGCAUUUUUUGGUGCAUUAGCAGAUCAGCUGGACAGGAUUGCAUUUUAUCUCAAGUGUGCAGCACAUUUGUAAUUAAAACAAACACAGAUGCGCAGUGAAGAAACAGACAAAACACAGUCCUGUCCAGCUGAUGGCGCUAAUGCACCAAACUGCUCCUCAGAAGAAGGAGAAGAAGAUGAUGGGAAGCAGUAGCCGGAAGCUACAUAAAAUGGUAUAUAAACUUUUGAAUAUGGAUAUUUCUCUCAAACACUACAUGGAUUAACUCAAUUUAUUUUCCCUGGAGCUGCGUGAGAAACUUUUAUUAUUAUUAAAGGAUGCGCUUUAUUGAACUUUUAGAUUGCUGAUAAACAGUAGCUGCCAUUUGCUAUUGAAGAGCAGAAAAAAGGCCAAGAUUAUUUUUAAAAUAACUCCGAUUGGAUUCGACAAAGAAAGACAUACAUCAAGGAUGCCUUGAGUAAAUAAUGAGUUAAUUUUCAUUUUUUGGUGAACUAACCCUUUAACCGUGGAUUAUUGUCAUUAUAAACUCCACUUUUAAUCACGAGUAAAGGAGUCUUUCACACUUAGCCAAGCUAAUAACCAUGCUUGAGUGGUAGAACAACGUUUACGCAGUUCACCUUUGGUUAAAAGAGUGUUUCGUUUCUGUAAUUCAAAAGUGGGAUUAGCAUCAUUUUGCUAGCACCAUUAUGUAAACAUUCAUCCAAACAAAGACACUGACUUCUCAAAUAUGCAAAUAAGGGUUGUACAAUGUGAAAAUUCAUAACUACCCAGGAUUACUUAUCCCCGGCUUAAUUUUGAGCUAGUGUGAAUCGAAGUGAGAAAACCCAGAAUUAACCAGUUAAAGUUAAUAAUAAUAAUGAUAAGCCCUAUAUAAUCAGAACAUUUUCUAAACUUCUUUGCGCAUUUCAAUGAAUAUUCACAAAGUGUUUAGGUUUUGAGCCUGUUGGCAACAUUUCACAAGCAUGAGAGCACAUUUUUGAGAGCUUUGGACUUUUUCGCAACACAAUUUAGAGUAGAUUGCGGUCAGAUUGCAGUUUUAGCACAUGCACCUAUCUACAGACACAGACUACAGAUACAGAGAUGGUCAUUUUCAGAAGCACUCAGCUGUAUGAGUUGUGUUUCUCUUUGGCAGCGUGUCAGAUGGAGUGAAUGGAUCUCAGACUGGAAGACACCACUCUUCCUGAUACAUGAUUUUCCUGUCUACUCCAGCUCUGACAGCGCAUGCUUUUUCAUGUUUAAAUGAAGUAAGAGUUUCCCAUGCAGGCUAGAGCUAUCUGAAAUGCCAGGAUCUUUUGAAGUUGAGUUGGAAGAUAAUGAGUUUGGAUUCAAUUAAUUUAUUGCAUUUACCGUGCAUGAUAAUGUGCCUGGUUAAUCACUUGCUUUAAACUUCGCAUAUAUAUUUUUCUAUUAGGGCUGGCAAUUUAUUAAUGUAGUCUAGUAGAAGUAAUUAAAAUUAUGUUACGCUACUUUAAAG